UUUCGGGCCGUCUGUUACAAAAACGGCAAACCCUAGCUUUACCCUUUUUCGUCAUUCACGAACGUGUUCUAUCUCUCUUCUCCAGUUCGAUUCCAUCUAGAUCGAUAGCCUUGAUUCUCAAAUCAACCUCCGAUUCUUUUAAUUCUUUUUAUUAUCGAUCGAUUCAUCCCAAUUUUAGCCCCAGCCGUUCCGUAAAUCCGAUUCUAGGUUAGGGUUUCAGAGACCCCCCGAUCUGCGUGUCUCGAGCUCAGAUCUGUCUGUUCUUUUCUCGAUAAAUCCAUUCUUGUUCUGUUUUUUACGUUUUUCUUUCUCGUUUGGCUCUGAUUUUGUAAAUUUUUUGGGUUUUUAGGGUUUCUAAGAUUUGGGUUCUUUAUUGUUCAUUGGAACAACAGAUCUGUUGGGAUCGGUGUGAAUUCUCUGAAAUUAACUGAUUUUUUUAAGGUGGUUCGGGUGUAAUUUUGAAGAUUUUGUUUAAAAUUUUUGGAUCGAGGGUUAGGGUUUCGAUUGAAUUGGGGGUUUUGCUUCUCUUCUUUAAUUGAUCUGGGGAAAGAUCAGAUUUCAUCGAGAAAUAGAGUUUUUGUUACUUUAUUGUCAUUAAUUUUCUUAAUUUUGGGGACUUUGUUGAAAAUAUUUUUUUAUCAGGAUUAGGGUUUCAAUCAAAUUGGGGUUUUGCUUCUCUGCUUUAAUUGGGUUGGGGUAACCUCCAAUUUUGUCUAGAAAUAAGUUUCUAUUUUUUGAUUACUCAUCAAUCGAAGGCUUCUUUUCCAUUGGACGACGAAUUUUUGGAGUUAAACAUGGUACAGAAGCGUUCAUUUGAUGAUGAGGAGUUAUACGAGAUUUCUUCUAAGCACCCCAGACAAUUAGAACAUAAUCAUCAUCUAAUUUCAUUUUUGGAAUUUGUUCCUUUUGAUGAUCCUCUUCAGAAGCCUCGUGUUCAAGGUGAGGGAGAAUUAUUAAAAUGUAAAACUGAAGGUGAUGAGAAGCUUCUCAGUGGCUUCUGUACUGAUUUUCCAAUAAGUGCUAAAGACACUGAAACCUUUAUGCGUGGCUGCAUUUCCACCUCAUCAUGGGCCACCAGCAGUACUAGUGAAGAUGAUGCCAGGUCAGAGGCACCAAUUGAUGUAUCACUGUUUCCAGAAUAUUUUAGUUCUGACAGUCCAGUGAGGGCAUCCAACGACUCUGAUGACUACUAUUUAUCUCUUUUGGAUUAUCCUCCCCGAAAAUCUGUCCCCAUUGGAUCAGAUCAUCAAGUUGAUGUUCCAGCAUGGAGCCAGGGUAUCAUGGAUUCAUUAGAUUACUUAGAAACAUCUGAACAAGUAAUUUUCUCUCCACAAGCUUCAGGCUUGGAACUCAGUGUUGGUAACAUUGAUGAGAAAAGGCUGAUUGGGACAUGUGUAAUGCCAAUGCCCAAGUCAGAACCAUUUUGCAACGAUGCUGUAGUCGGAAAUGGUAGAACUGAUUGUAGCUGUCAUGAUAGGGGUUCUUACAGAUGUGUAAGACAACAUAUUGCGGAAGCAAGAGAGAAACUUAGAGGAACCCUUGGAGAGGAGAGGUUUGUAAAGCUGGGUUUCCAUGACAUGGGAGAGGAAGUUGCAGAGAAAUGGAAUGAAGAGGAAGAACAAUUAUUUCACGAGGUUGUCUUCUCUAAUCCAGUGUCAUUGGGUAAGAAUUUUUGGGACAAUCUUUCCUUAGUCUUCCCUUCCCGAACUACAAGGGAAAUAGUCAGCUAUUAUUUUAACGUGUUCAUGCUUCGAAAACGGGCAGAACAGAACAGAUAUGACCCAGAGAACAUUGACAGUGAUAAUGAUGAGUGGCCGGAGACUGAUGAUUAUUGCAAUGAUGAACAUGAAAUGACAGAGGAAGAUGAGGAUUCUGUUGUUGAAUCCCCGAUAUAUCAAGAGGAUCCUAGUUAUAAUCCAUGUCAUGCAGAUGAUAAACGAAAAUAUGAGGAUAUUGGGGAUGGAACUCAUGGUGAUAACGAGAAUGUAAAUUAUGGUAGUGGGAUGGACAUCCUUGAUAUUUCAGAAUCAUGCACUGACAAGUUACUAAACAAUUCUGGUUCUGAUUCCAUUUGUCAGCUUUCAGAUGUUCCCUGGGAUGGAAAGGGAGACCAUGGCAUCAAAGAUGGCUCAUGCACAUCCUCCAAUACAGGGGCUGACUCACAAAGGACCCAAGCGAAGGCUGGCAAUGGUGACCACUGGUAUGCUUUGGAGCCCUGUGAUGCUAAAGUAUGGGAUGCUGGGUAUGUGACUUGCUCCAAAACUAAAGUUGAUUUGUUAUCAACUUGCAGUAUGAUUGAAGAGGUUUUUGGAGCUGGUACUGGGACGUACAAGGGAGCAGAUGGUCAGGGCUUGAUUUAGUGUUUGCUUCAUCAGUUUUAUCUUGCUUCCAAGACAAUUUGGAAAGUUUGGGCGUCUUAGUACUUGCUUGUCAGAUGAAUCUACAAGAAAAUUCCUUUUGUUCUUUUUCAUAGAAAGUAGGGGAGUCACAAUUUCCUUUGUACAUUCAUAUAUAUGGUGGUAGAUGAAAACCCUACCUUCAAUGUAAGAUACUGUUUUAGGAGAAGGUUGGUUUUCAUGUGUAUCUCCCAUGGGAUCUUCUUAGUUGUGAAUUGUGUGAUUCUAUUCCCACCUCAGUACAAAGCCCCCAGUGCUGUACUCUCGUUGUAGGUAUCUCUCUAUUGGGAGGAGGGGGUAUUAGAAGAAGAAAUUCUUAAUUGUUAGGGGGAAUGGGGUUUCUAUUAUGUAAUCCUGAGUUAUCUUAUUCUAAUGCAAAGUUCAUUAAAGAACUCGUUCUA